AUUGGUAUAUGGGUGAGAGUAAAGAUAAACUAGAAUCUUAGAAUGGCUGAAAAAAUAACAAAAUAUUUUGAAGUGAAAUUUUCCAAUUCAAGUAAAGAGAAGAAAACUUUUGAUGAUUCUUCGCAACCAAUUUCAGAUACAAAAGAGGAAAGUCAAACCUCAAAUAUCAAAGACUUGUCUCUAGAAGAAUGCAUGCGUUUGGGCCAAGACAACACAGCAAUGUUUAUCAUAGAAAAAGCAGUACAGAAUAAAUGGCCUUGGUUGGAAGUUGGUAUCUCAAAUAAUGGAGCAGUAAUUUUACAAAUCACAUGUCAAAGUGAGAAAGAGGAUGACUUUAACAAACUCUUGACAGAGAAAAAAAUCGAAAAUUAUUUAAAAGAUAUUUUUGAAGAUCUAGAAUCUGAUUUGCUGGGCAUCAUUGGAGAUAAACAAUUUGUUAUUCAUGAGUCGAAAAUAUUGGAAUUACUAAGUGGUAUGAUUGUGGAGUCGUUUGAUAGCAUACGGAGUUGCUUCAAAGUUUCUAAUCAACUGGAAAAAAACAUGAAAGUUGAGUUUAAAAUUUUGAAACCUGGACAAAGUGAUGUCAUCACAUCUACUGCUGAUGUAGAUUUGGUGAAGGAUGCUAUCAACUUGCUAGGUCCAGAAGGGAAAGAAUCCUUUCAUAUUGAUAAAUGUCUUAAAAAUGACAGUUUUGACACAAUCAGAAUUGCCCUUUUUGUGGUUGCCAGCUCUUUGAUGAAGAAAUGGCCUUGGAUGAAAAUUUCGGGAAUAAAGAAAAGAAAUAUUUUGCAGAUAUCGGUUGAAUCUAAAUAUGACGUCAUGUUUUCUCAUCUUAUGGACAAAAACAAAAUUGAGAACCAUGUUAGAGAAGAUUUUGAAUGUAUGAAUGCUAAUUUAAUGGGGAUAAUUGGGAGUCCAAUUUAUUUAAAAACAGGAGAAGUUAUUUGUCAACUUCUAGAAGGAGUUCAUUUGAAAUCUCUUAAAAGCAACAGGCACCGUCCCUCGAUUGAUAAUCAUUCUUCCGCUUGCAUUCGCCUAUCUAUUGAAGAGUCUGGGGAAAGUGAAUCACCCGGUGAACAAUUAGUGCUCACCACUGAGACAAAAUUUGUUGCUGAGAUUGCAACAUCCGAUAUAGAAGCUGAACCAAUUGCAAUGGAGAAUGUUUUGGGAUCUGGUAAUCAAGCUGCUUUAGCAAUUUCAUUGGCUUCAAGGUCUUUGACAAGAGAAUGGCCCUGGAUACAAACAACAGAUGUCAUUGAAGGAAAUCGAUUGUGUUUAAGUGUACCAGAAGGAAGGGGAAGGGAGCUUCAUAUGCUGAUUAAUGAAGGACAAAUACGUGACAGAAUUAACCAUGAUUUUGAACAUCUAGAAGAUGAAUUAACACAUAUUUUACAAGAAGGAAUUCUUGGUGAAUUUAGGUCAGAAAUUGUGAGAAGAAUGAAAAAUGUUAAUGUGACAAAAAUAGACAAGGUAAACAUACCAGAUGUUUGUGGCACAGCAAAUAAGUACAUAGAUGGUGGUGAAGCUGGUGGAAUCCACACUAUAAUUUCGAAAAAUACAGUUAAUCUUGCAAAAAGUGGGGAUUCACAAAGGGACAUAACAGCAAAUGUUAUUGCAAAAGGAUCAGGGGUGACCAACAUACACGAGGAUAAUGUGAUCAAUAUAGCUGGAAAUGUUAACGCCAGAGACCUGGAAGUCGUCGGGAAGUUACUGGCAAAUCUGAAAAAAUAGUCCAACCAUCAUCAGUCAUCAAUUUUGAAUGUUUCAUCUAUUGUAUAAAAUACUUUUUUUAUUUGAACUGAUAUUCUGUAUAUUUAGAUAUUAGUUUUUAAAAUCAUGUUUAUAUUAUGCCUUUUUUUAAAAUUUGAUUUUAAUAAUUUAGUUAUUAGUUUUGAUGACUUAACUUUUAUUCUGGAGUUCAACGUCUGGCACACUUCUUCAACUAACAUUUCAUGUCAAUUUUUGUAGUUUUAAUUGAAAAUAAUCGUUUUUAAUCAUCUGCGUCAUAUGUGGAGCUGGUGACACUUUAUGCAGAUUGUUGCAAUAGUAAGGGUAUUUUUAAGUUCUCUAAUUUUUUGGCACUUACAGUUUACUUUUUGAAUCAACUUUGUGUGCUAAAUAUGUUGAUAGCAUAAAAAUAGAAGUUUCGUUCAUAAUAAAUUUCUUUCAUUAUUUUAGAUGAAUUUAAAAUAUACCGGUAAUAUACCGAAGGUAGAAAUUUUGAUAUAAUUUAAUUAGCGAUAUCAGGAUUUUAAAAAUUGUAAGAUUACAGGAUUCAUCUUGUUUUUCUGUUUUAUUGUAUGUGACAAACAAUUUACAAUUUACUAAAAACAAUUUACUAAUAAGUUUUUUUAAUAUUGAAGUUGACGACGUAAACCUUGUACUUGUACAAAUUCUGUAUACAGAUUCAGCAUUUAUUAAAAAUACAUUGGAAAUGUUCUUUAUUUCCCAACACAGCACUUACUUAUCGUUCCCGAAAGUUCUAAAUCAUUAUUUUUUGCUUUUUAUGCUAUGCCAGGUUGGUUAAAGAUGUGUGUAUAAUUUCAUCAUUUUGGUAUAUGAAUGCUAAAUAGAAUUUAAAAAUCUGUAACCGAAUGGUUUAUUAUCUCACCAGCAUUUGAAAUUUGGAUGACUAUGUAAUUAGCAUUUUAUAUGAUUUUUCAAUUAUAUCUGUAAGUUGUAUCUGUUUAUUGAGUCAGUAAACUUCAGUAUGACCAUAGACAUUUUGAAUAAAUAUUGAAAAUUUGGGGUCGAUACUCGAUGACCAGAUUUAGUUCGGUGUGGUUACCCUCCAUGUAGUUUUUGUGGUCAAUUUUUUUUCUUUCAAUUUUUUAUUAGUGGUUGGAAAAAUCGGACUACGAUGCUGAUGAUGAAAAGCCUACCAACCUAUCCUAUUUUACAAAACAAUAUCAUAUAACAUAGGGUUCGAAACUACAUAUAAUAUUACUUUUACGCAUGCGAAAUACGACUCAACAUCCUGGCACUGUAUGUAUAUUUUCCUUUUUAUUCUGCUAUAUUGCGGUGUAUAGUAUAUAUACCUUCAUUAGAUUCUUAUUUACUAAAAAAAAAAAUUUAACCCAGAA